GCCAGGUGCGACCUUUUGAGAGAUUAGAACACUGAAUAGUUCUUGCCGUAUUUCGCGCUGUUAAUUCGCACGGGAAUAUGGAAUUUCCUUAACAAAGGCUGUUAAACCAUUUACACGACGGAUAAAUAAAAGCAGGAAUUGAAGGAGGAAAAAACUUUAAUAUCUCAUUAUGUUUAAUCGAAUAACACUGAGUGUGGUAGGACGUCUUGGAUUUUAAUUGAGGGUCACGAUAUAAAAUAAAGGUACACAGCUUUCAUGUGCUUCUGGGCUAUCAAUUUAAUCUUCCUUUUCUUCUUCAUACUAGUCUCGGUUUCGCACGGAAUACGCUACGUAAAACGUUCAUAUCAGAAUACAUAUAACUUUAUUGGUUUACGCAACGCACGUCAGUAAAACUCCGAAUGCCUCAAGUCAGAGUUUCCCAGGGUAUGCUUAGAGGCAAGACUUGCUCGACUUUUAAUGGCAUAAAUUUCUACAGUUUCGAAGGUGUACCAUAUGCUAAACCGCCUGUCGGUGACCUUCGCUUCAAGGAACCACAAGAACACGAUGGAUGGUCAGGUGUAUGGGAUGCAACGAAACCGGGCAAUAAAUGCCCCCAAGUCAAUCCCUUUGGUAAUGGAUCGGUGGAAGGGUGUGAGGACUGUCUGUACUUAAACAUUUACACCCCAAUUCUGCCAACGGAGGAAAUAAAAAAAUUGCCAGUGAUAUUUUUCAUUCACGGCGGCCGAUUGACAUUGGGCUACGGUGAUUACUAUAGACCGGAUUAUUUCAUCCAAAACGAUCUUAUAUUGGUAACGAUCAAUUACAGAUUGAAUGUAUUCGGUUUUUUAUGCCUUAAUACACCGGAAGUUCCGGGUAACGCUGGCUUAAAGGACACUGUCAUGGCCUUAAAAUGGGUUAAGAAUAAUAUAAAAAACUUUAACGGCGAUGACGAUAAUAUAACGGUUUUCGGCGAAAGCGCGGGAGCAGCUAUCGGUGUGUCAUAUUUGACGUCCAAAAUGGCGGAUGGGCUGUUUAAUAAAGUUAUUUGUCAAUCUGGAACAUCGAUAUCUGAUUUAUAUAUUGUUGGAGACGAUCCGGUAGAUAGGGCUAGUAUUGUUGCGUCAUAUUUAGGAGGAAAUACAAGAGAUAAGAAGGAACUUUAUGAUAUAUUCUCGAAAGCAUCGACUGAAGAUUUAGUUUAUGCGGUAAUAUCGGCAAAACUAACCGACCAUCCCGCUGUUCUAAGUGCAUUCCUUUUGCCGGUGAUCGAAAAGAAGUUCGACAAUGUCGUCAGAUUUUUCGAAGAACCUCCAAUUGUUUCCAUAAAAGAAAAACGUUUAAAAAAAUUACCUGUUCUAGUAACGGCGCAUACGCACGAAGGAGCAUUAUUCGUGGACAAAGACGAGAACGGUAAUAUAAAUUACGUAGAAAAUUUCGAAUAUUUCAUACCGUCUUACCUGUUCAUAAAACACGGUACGCCAAACGCAUCGAAAUUCGCUGAUAAAUUGCGUCAAUAUUACUUUAAAGGUAAAAAGUGUGAUGAAAAAACGAAAAAUGAAUACUUAAAUCUCGUCAGCGAUCACUAUUUCCUCCGAGAUAUAAUGCUAUUCGUGGAAUUGUUGUCAAGUUCUCUAGAUGUCUUCAUGUGUAGAUUUGGGUACUUUGGUAAUAUGAAUAUAAGGGCUAUGAGGAGUUUAGGAGUCAAAGGAGCGACGCAUGGUGACCUGAUACAGUACAUAUUCUAUAGAGAGAGUAAAGUGAAAUCGGCUUCAGAGAAGGAUUUAAUGAUAGCCCAUACUCUUGUAGAGGCGUGGUGUAAUUUUGCGAAAACGGGAAAACCAACUUUCAAUAAUCGCAGCUUAGACUGGCAACCCUACGACACAGAUAAGAAAAUGUGCUUAAACGUCGAAGAUGAUAUAAAAGUUGAAACAUUCCCGUCAUUCGAAAGAAUGAAAUUUUGGUUCGAUUUAAUAAAAGAAAGAUCAAAAUUAUAAUUAUUUAAGUAUAUUAAUAAUGUUGUGACUGCCUCGUUGGUCGAGUGGCUGGAUGUAAGGCCGCAGACCCGGACGUCCUGUGAUCAAAUCCAAAGUUUUCCAGUCGAAAACUCUCCUAUUACAAUUGGAAGAGGAGUAAUAUAAAUAAAUAGCUUUCAUAUUGAAUUGACAAGAUUUGUAAAUGAUCUUGGCAGUAAAAGUGAAACUACUCUGAAUUGAACUUUUACUUAAAUAACAACUGUGUUUGGAUACGAACAAAAUAUACUCUGCAUAAUGCUUUUGAUGUCUUGAUAUUGUGGAAAUAUAUAGUGUUAUCAUAAUGUAAUGGCAGUAGAACAAAUAUAUAGCAUGCAAGUAAUAUAUUAUAUAAAACGCUUUUUAGUAUUGAUGUUUUUAGAAGUUACUUAGCAUAGUAAUGGUAGCAGAACAAGCAUCUGAUAUUUUUCUUUAAUUUUAGUGAUAAGUGAUGUUCGAAUAAUUGUUUAGUUAAAUACUGUUAUCUCUUUCUGUCAUAAUUAAUUUUACAUUUGUAAGAAGAAGACAGCAUUUAUUAUUAAAAGUAUGGUAAAGCCGUAUUAUAUUGAAUGUUAAGCAAGGUAUAAGGUUGAGCUUGGGUGGAAAUGGGACAAUCAAAGAUUUAAAGAAAGUUUAUUUACCUGAA